AGAUCCACCACAAGACAAGUGUCAAGAAUGUCAACGAAUAAAGCUCCAUGUUGAAUAAUUUCUCGUCGCGGAGCGGUGUUUUCCGACUUGAUUUUAUUGGCACCAGUCGUCGCUCUUUCACUCUCGCGUUCCACUCCUCACCCUCUCUCUCUCUCUCUCUUCAUUGAAGCUUCUGGAGUAGAAACAGAGAUAAACCUCAGCAUUCACUUCCAUUGGUGGUGGAAAAAAAAGUUGUUACAAUGUUGCAAUGGAUGGGAGGAUCAAGGCGGAAAGUGACAACUUCAAGAAAGUCGACACAAAAGAGGCAAAAGCAAUAUUUUGAGCAAAGAAAACGGCAACAACAGCAGCAGACGACUGGGCUAGACAGCUUUUCUGAUGGAAUGAAUACAUGCAGUCAGCAUCAAAAUAAUAAUCGAUCGCUGGACAUUCUUAGUUUGCUGAACUUAUCAACAGUUGUUCAAAAUUGCAAGUCAAGCUGCCGCAGUACAAGGGAAAAUUCAGAGGGUGCUGCUAUGACAGUGAAUCAUCAUAUUAUGGAGUAUCCGCAAACAAUCCAAAUAGACAAAGUCACACAAGGAGACCCUAUUGAAUUUAAAGAAUCAAGAAAAUCAUCAGGCUGCCAAGUGGAGAUACUAUACCCAAAGAAUGCUCCUGACUGUCAAAACAGAGAUUUAAUUGGAAAUGGUGACAAAAGAGAUCAGUUGAAGAUGGCUAGUGAGCACCAGUUAUCUGUCUUUGAUUUACUUGGUGAUGAUGGACCAAGUGACAAUUUAGAAGUCAGUCUCGUAAACGAAGCACAUGUUGCAUUUGCAGUUGAAGGUUUAGGUAAAAUGGAGACAGAAACACCUGUUCACUCACCACAACAGCCUGGCAGAAUCUUUUCCUAUGGUUGCUGCUCGCCUUUGAAGGCUACAAGACAUCCUCAGUCACCCAAGAACCUUAACAAUCUGGUGUAUGAUCUUGAACUUGAAGCGGAUGCCAUGAUUCAAGAUAUUAAUUUGCCUCUCUGCGGCAAUUUUUUUGAGCUACCAUUCUGUUCUAGGGGCACAGAAAAUUCAUUUAGCAAACCAAGGCAGAAGUUAUCGACUGCCAAAGAGUUCUCGCAAUUCAAAAGCAAUGCUAGUAAAUUGAAAAAUUCUUUUUCUGAUGAUGAAAUCUUCUGUAACAUGGAAGAAAAAAAUGAUGAUAUAUGGAAUGCUAGGUGUAACUUCCUAGAUCGAAAUUUUCUUGAUGAAGACUGUGAUAUAAAAUGGAAGAAUAGGUCACCUAAAAUGGAUGGCAGUUCUGCUGAUUUUUGGCAUCUAGGAAACCAUGAAAUUUCAGACUUCGCUUUUGAAUACCCCUAUUUACAGAAAAUUAGGGUUGCUGAGAAAGUGACAGGCAGAUUCAAUAUCUCAGGUUCUUCCGGUCUCAGCAUGAACUCACCUCCACCAUAUUCCAAGCAAAGCAGAUCAGAGAAUGAUCGUGAUUUUAUAACUGCAGAUGAAACAUGCAGGUAUCCAAUGGGAGGAAGAAAAUGUGAUAUAAGAGAUGUAACUAACCAACAAGCAUGGUCUUGCUUUGUAACAGAAGAUGCAGAAGAGAGUUUGAGCUUGCUGAGCGAAGAAUCAUGCUCUUCGAGUGCAGUGAGAGGCAAGGCCACUAAUAGGUCACCAUCAGAUUCAGUUGCAAGACAGAACAUAAGAAGAUAUGGCAGGGACAUUAGGAGCCCGGCAAAUAAGUGCAGUGUUGAGAAUAUAUAUGCCAAAGAUAGACGCUACGAAAAAAGUGAUAAUUUCCAUGAAUGGAAGAAGAUAGAUGAACCAGGCAAAUUUACGAAAAUGUGCAAUCCAUCAAGUUCAAACCCAGCCCAUUACUCAAACACUACUUCCCAGAAAAAAUUACGACCAGAGAACAGUUGUUUGUUUGAGGAAGGAUAUAUUUCUGCUGAUAGGGAUUCAGGAUUCGGUUCAUUCUGCCAAACUUCAGGGGCAAAAAAACGUGCAUCCUCAGGUCCCAUGUGUUGGACUGAAGAUCACUUUGGUGCAUACCCUCUUCCUGAAUUACAUGCUAAUGCCAAAUCAUCUUUUGCGAGAUCCAUACACAAUGUCCUUCCUGAACUUUCGCCUUCUGGUAGCUUUUCCUCAGAAAAACUUGGAUUCUGCCAACCAUAUAGUAAUGUGCACUCUUAUGAGACUCCUGUUUUCUCAACCAUUGGGUCUGGCCGAAGCAAACCAAAUUUACAUAUGGAUUCCAAUGUUGAAGUUAGACCUCAAGAUUCAUUCCCUGUUUCAGGUUCUCACCGUGAUGCAGAGUUUUUCUGUGUAUCAGUGGAAGAAAGUGUUUCAAAAAAUGGGGGAAAUAGAUCAGAAAUCCUGCCAACCGACUGCAUACAAUUUGAGCUACAGAAAGACGUCGGCAUUGGGAGCAAUGAAUUGUCCUCUGAAAACGGACAGUCGUUAGAAGCUUCAGGUUCAAAGGACAACUGCAGUGACUGCAAUGAAGCAAAAGGUUUAACUCCAAAAUUGGAGGGACGAAAAGCAAUGGUUUCUCCUGAACAUGCAGAAGAAAUAUCAUCUUCUGUGAAGAUACGUUGCAAGUUUGAGGGGAGUAUUGAUGAAAAAGAAUGUCACAAUGAUACUCAAACUUCUCUUCCACGUCAAAACGGAAGUAUAGAAACAGAAGAUUCUGGGCGAAAAGAAAGGAAGCUAGAAAGCAAGGGUCAAGAUAAUACUAGCGUUAACCCAUCUUGCCAGGUGAUGAUGCUUGAAAGCUAUGUUCUUCAGCUUCUAUGCGUGCAGAAGGUAUUGAAUGAAGCAUCUGUGCAGGGCACAGUGAAGAAGGUAUAAUACUUUUUGCAUUUAGUAGAUAACCCGGACUCUUUGAAACUCUUUGUACUAGUUUCAAAUGGUUUCUGUAACCUACCAUAUUGCAAAUGGUUCUGCAAGUGACUUUGUGUUUUCUGGAAAAUGGAAACAGAAAACAAAAAAUGAAAACAUAACCAAACAGGCCUUUGAAGGUGCGAACAUUAUAUGCUUUAGUUAGCAUUCAUGCAAAAUAGGAAAACCAAUGCCACACCCAAAUUAAAAAAUUUCCAAAAAUAUAUGAACUUCGUAGCAUCAGCUGUAACAAAAGUGUUUUAUCCAUUCAUAUCGGAUGCACUUGCCAAAAAAGUCAUAUUGGAUACCAAUAGAAAUGGAUGAGUUCAUUC